UAGAAAAUAAACAUUUCUUUCAUUAUUGACAUAAUUAAAUCGAUCUCUUAACUAUACACCUCUUCUUCAAUAAAGAUGCAAUUUGCCAAGUGUGUCGGUCUCACAAGAAUUUUUUAUUCAUUCUGCAUUUAAGUUAACCUAGGUGUUUCAGCUCAAAAUUCAAAUAAAAAAAGAAACAUCGCUGUAAUAUCAGAUAAUUAAAUUGAAGCAAACGAAGCGAAGAAAAUACUUUCUAUCAAAUGUAUACCAAUGCUCAUAAAGAAAUGAUCCUUAUCAACUCUUUGCAAAUCAGCCUGAAUCGGGUUUUAUUACUCCUAGUUGGACUUUGGCCAUAUCAGCAGUCUAAACUCGUUCGAAUUCAGUGGAUCACAUUUGUUGGUAUUUUGACGACUUGUAUGCUAUUUCAGUUUACAGUAUUUGUUACUUUAAAAUGUACUAUGGGUUUAAUCAUUGACGUACUCUCUUCUGCAUUAUUUUGUCUUAUAAUUACGAUAAAAUAUAUUUUGUUUGGUGUUAAUAUUAAAAACAUAAAAUAUUUGUUGGAAGAACUGCAGCAUAUUUAUAAUGAAUUAACUGAUGAGAACGAAAUCAUAAUCAUAGAAAAAUAUGGUUACUAUGCCAAAUGUUAUACAAUUACACUUACGUUACUGGUCACGUCUGGCACAUUUACUUUCUUUUUGUACAAUUAUUGGCCGGACGCUUACCAUAUCGUCUUUUACACAAAUGAAACAUGGUCACAUCGUUCUUUGCCGUACAUGACCGAAUAUUUCAUGGAUAAAGAAAAAUACUUCCAUGUGAUGUUGUUUCACGUGACCGCAACUUUCGUUGUUGGAGGUGUAUCACUAAUAGCGACAGGAUCUAUAUUAAUAGUCUAUUUGCAGCAUGCAUGCGGAAUGUUUCAAAUUGCCUGGUUCUCUGACUUAUUUACAGCUAAAUUUAGAGCACUGGCCGCCGCUAUAAUGUUAGUCGGUGUGGUUUGCUCAAGUCUCAAUAUGUUUCGGAUGAUAUCAUUUGGAGCCAAUGUAGUGGAACUUCUAAUAAGCAUAGCAUUUAUUGGUAUUCAAUUGGUUUAUGCACUCAUAGGCAACUAUCUCGCGCAAGAAAUUACUGACAACAAUAAUAAUAUAUUUGUAGUUAUGUACGAUGUCCAGUGGUACGUUGCCCCGUUGCAAAUACAGAAAAUGAUACUGUUUGUUUUGCAAAGAGGUGCUAAGGUGUUCACGAUGAAUAUUGCUGGAAUAUUUAUCGGAUCAUUAGAAGGUGCUGCUACAGUAAGAUAA